UUACAGAUGGCUGAUUUCACAAAUAACGCUCUCAAAAAGUUUAAGCUCGUUUUUCUCGGCGAACAGAGUGUGGGAAAAACUUCUAUCAUCACCAGAUUCAUGUAUGAUUCGUUUGACAACACCUAUCAAGCCACCAUUGGAAUUGACUUUCUCAGCAAGACUAUGUAUCUUGAAGACAGAACCAUUCGCCUUCAAUUGUGGGAUACCGCUGGCCAGGAACGUUUCCGAUCUUUGAUUCCAUCUUACAUUCGUGAUUCGAGUGUUGCCGUUGUCGUGUAUGAUAUUACUAAUGCCAAUUCCUUCCAUCAAACAACAAAGUGGGUUGAUGAUGUUCGCAACGAACGUGGAUGUGACGUCAUUAUCGUGCUCGUCGGAAAUAAAACCGAUUUGGCUGAUAAAAGACAAGUUUCGACGGAGGAUGGAGAAAAGAAGGCUCGCGAUUUGAAUGUGAUGUUCAUUGAAACUUCUGCAAAAGCUGGCUACAACGUCAAACAGCUCUUCCGCAAAAUCGCUACGGCACUUCCAGGAAUUGUCCAAGAGGAGACGCCUGAGCAGCCCAACAUCGUUAUCAUGAAUCCUCCUAAAGACGCGGAAGAGAGCCAAGGCCGUCAAUGUCCGUGUUAAAUCCAAUCCGCAGCUUUUCAUCAACCAAAUUUAUUAUUUAUUUUCCAAAUAUGGGUUUUCAAAAAUUAGCAACUGUUUCUCUCAACUCCACGCUUAUGUUCCCGUUGUUGCCUUCCUCUUCAUCGCUCAUCAAAAUUUAAAUCGAAUCUAUUGCCUGUUUCAAAUGUAUCGUGCUCAAGUGUACCGUAAAUGAAUCGAAUAAGUCUGU